AUUUGCACUUUUUUCACUUAUAUAGUUGAAAGUCUAAAUAUAUUUUGAGAGUUUGGUACUACUGCCACGAAUUCAAAUUGUUAAAUUCAGUGUUCAAUGUAUUAAAUAUUACCAAAUUUGAAAUAUAAUAUAAAUAUAAUUUUUGUUUAAUUAUCACACAAAUAGUUAAAAAUAAUGAGUUUAAUACCACGUCUACGUCCUAUAUUAAUUAAUCAAAAUAAUGUUGCGAAAAGGUAUUUACAUGUCAGUACAGUACUUCAUAAAACACAAGCUGGACGUUAUAGACCAAAACCAAAGGUAGUGCAAUCAUUGACAUAUGAAAUGGCAUAUGCACCACAUGAAAUUGCUGCCAAAAAGUCAUGGAACUCAUGGAAUACAUCAAAUGUAAAGGAUGGUAAUAGGCCAUCAGAAACUACUAUGGAAGAUUUGUUUAUUCGAAAUUUUGUACAAGGAACUUGGCAUGGAUUGUUUGCAAGCGAGAUAAUUAUUAAGCGUCAACACAACAUCGUAAGAAUCGCUGGUAUUGUUAUGCGCAAAAUAUCAGCCGUGAAAAUGCAUUUUUUACUUGGUUAUACUGAAGAACUUUUGAGCUAUUGGUUACAUUGUCCAGUAAAGAUGGAAAUAGUAACAGUAAAUGAUAAAGAUGAUGUUAUAUAUAAAAUUAUUUAACAUGUUCAUAGAUCUUAAUUAUUCUGAUAUAUAGAUCUAGGGACUGUGAAGAUGUUAAUCGUAGCCAUAAUUGUUAUAAUUAAGCUAUAGUUGUUAAAAUUACAUUGUAUAAAUAAAAGUAAAUUUACAAUUA